AGCAACGUGCAGCGGGGUCGAUCGGAUUAAAUGGGUGUAGGUCGUCAACAGGCGUGGGAGGAAAUCUGCCUCCCACAGUAUCUGUGCAUUAAAUCAUGAUUCCCAUUUAAAAAAGGCUGCUGAGUGAAGCUCACGCGUGCAGGUCAGAGGCGUCAGGGGGAGGGUUUGGGCUCAUGAUUGGCCGUGAAGCAUCACCUCCUUGUCUGAUGGCGGUGGUGACUUUAAAACAGAGUCGCCUUAGUGAUGGGCCUUUAUUACUCAAAUGCUCCACAAGCAGACAUGAGGGAGUACACGUGGAACAGCUUCAAGGAUUUCAUUUUAAGGAAUCCUGCUGCCGUCAACCCGGAGCAGGACUCGCGUGUGGAGGAGAGGGAUGAGAAUGCUGAACGUGGGAACUGGAGCAGCAAGACCGACUACCUCCUAUCGACGAUCGGCUACGCUGUUGGACUGGGGAACAUCUGGAGGUUCCCGUACUUGGCCUACAAGAAUGGAGGGGGUGCUUUUCUUAUUCCCUAUUUCGUGAUGCUGGUGCUCACGGGAAUCCCUCUCUUCUUCCUGGAAAGUGCCUUCGGCCAGUUUUGCAGCCAGGGGCCGGUUAACGUUUGGAGAGCGGUGCCGCUACUGCAGGGUGUUGGUGUUGCCAUGGUUAUGGUGACUCUAAUAGUAUCCAUUUACUAUAAUGUCAUCCUCGCCUACAGCCUGUACUACAUGUUCGCCUCCUUCCAGUCUCCGCUGCCGUGGUCCAGCUGCUCGGGCUGGGCUGGCGGGAACUGCAGCGACACACCCAUAGCCAACUGGACGGAGGGAAACAGCACUUUUCCAUCGGUUCCAGUGCAGAGUCUGAGUGAGCAGUACUGGGAUCGCGUGGCCCUGCAGAGAUCCAGUGGUCUGGACCAGACGGGACCGGUGGUCUGGCACCUGGCCCUCUGUCUCUUGCUCAGCUCCAUGCUUGUGAUGGCAGCGCUCAUCAGAGGCAUCAAGUCAUCAGGAAAAGUGGUGUAUUUCACAGCCACGUUUCCUUAUGUGGUGAUUCUGAUCCUGUUGGUUAGAGGUGUGACACUAGAGGGCGCCAGAGAUGGGAUCGAGUUCUACAUUGGCUCCCAGUCCAACCUGACUAAACUGACUGAUGCACAGAUCUGGAAAGACGCAGCGACGCAGACGUUCUACUCUCUCUCCAUCGGCUGGGGUGGCGUCAUGACGCUCGCCUCCUAUAACAACUUCCACAACAACGUGUUCAAGGACUCGUUUAUUGUAACGCUCACUAAUGCAGGCACCAGCGUCCUUGCAGGCUUUGCCAUAUUUUCAAUCUUGGGUCACAUGGCUCACGUCUACAAAAUGCCUGUUGGUGAAGUGGUGAAGGAAGGGUUCGGCCUGGCGUUCAUCGCCUACCCAGACGCUCUGUCCAAGCUUCCUGUCUCACCACUGUGGUCCGUCUUGUUCUUCUUCAUGCUUUUGACUGUUGGCCUGGACUCUCAGUUUGCAGGAAUAGAGGUGAUCACCACAUCUCUAGUUGACGCCUUCCCUAACUUCUUCAAAUCCAAACGUGCCUUGCUGACUCUGGCCACGUGUUCCUUCCUCUACCUGCUGGGCCUUCCGUGCGUCACACAGGCAGGGAUCUACUGGGUGACGCUCAUCGACCAGUUUGUUGCCAGCUGGGUGCUUCUGUUUCUGGCCCUGCUGGAGAUCGUUGGUGUCUGCUACAUAUACGGAGGGAAUCGCUUCAUUAAAGACAUUGAGAUGAUGCUGGGACAGAAGAGUUUCUUUUUCUGGCUGUGGUGGAGGACAUGUUGGUUCUUCAUCAGCCCCUGCAUCAUAGUGGUGAUCCUAGUGUGGUCUCUGAUAACGUUCACUCCACCCUCCUACGGCGCUGUCCAGUUCCCAUCCUGGGGCUUGGCUUUGGGCUGGUGCAUGGUGGUGUUCAUCCUCCUCUGUAUUCCUGUGUUCGCCUUGUUUAAGAUGAUGCGAGCAGAGGGGAGCCCCUGGAAGCGUCUGAAGUCGUUGUGUUCUGCAUCCGACGACUGGCAUCCGUACUUGGACGAGCACCGCGGAGAACGUUACUCUAAGACUCGUCCCAAGAGAAGGAAGAACAAUAGAACCACGCCAGACGUUACUGUAAUCUCCAACUCAUGGCUCUGAACCUCGUUUUAUAUUUAUAUUGUUCAUGUCUUACACUGAUUUUAGUUUUUUAAAAACCCACAUUAUCUCCUCCUUGCCUCUGAUAAUGAUAAUAAAUAAGUUAUUUCUGGUCAAAUAGCAGUGUUCCCCUGUUACUGUACCAGUGUUUAACGCUAUUCAUGUCUUUUAUCGUGUGCCGCGUGUCGCGCUCAUAUUCAGUUUGCUUGAGCGCCAUCUAGUGGACGAUUUAUACAUUCGCAAACCUGGAUGAAACUCUUAUGAUUAAGCCUAGCUUUCUUUGCCAUCAUUCUCCUCAUCCCUCAAGUACUUACUGUAGACUCUUCUCUGCUUUGUCCCAGAAAUGUUCAUUGAUAAACAUGGUGGAUGCACAAUUCUGAGCAGGAAUGUAUGUAUAUUUACAUUAGUUGAAAAAUGUUUGAUCAGGCAAACUGGAUAAAGAUAAUUUCAGAAUUCAAUUG